UGGACAAAUGGAACUAGACAAGUCUUUUCUGGAGAAGAAAACUCGCCAAGAAAGCCAUACAAAACCAUCAUGCACAAAUUUACACGUCUACCCUUACGUCAUACUCAAUUCUAGACACUACCUAUUUGUAUGGUAAGAGGAGGUUGCGUUAUGGAAGAACUGGUAUAUACCUCCUUGAUUGACUUCAAUGUCUAGUUUCUCUCGUUGAGAUUUUUCAUAGAUCUUAAUUUCCUCACAAGAGACACUUUAACCUUUUGAUAACAUUGCAUGUGACCCAAUCUAACCAGCGUAAAAAUCUUCCCUUUUCAACGCAAUUCCUUGGAAUUCAAGUUGAAUGACGAUGGCGUGGCAUGUGAAUUUUCACAGUUUGAUCAUUUAUUGAACUAAUCAAACCCAAAAGUAGACGGUGGCGGGCAGAAGAUGAUGAAAAUACACGGAGGAGGAAGUCAUUUUGGUAACCUAAAGAACUACAAUGAAACCGAUGGAAUGUCACAGAUAUAUAUAGCUUCCUGUUUACGAUGGUGAUUGAGAAACUCAUAAAUUGUUUAUAUGUGCACGCCAUGCAAUUUAAUAUGCAUGUUUGAUUACUGUGCCCGGUCAACUAUCUUGUCUUCAGAACGAAGGCCACUCCAAUUUGACCUUUUGGGUUGGGUUCUGCAGAAGAUGGUUUUCUUUUAAAUUGUUGCCGAAUUCAAUAAGUGGGUAUUGAUUAUUGAGUUGGAUUUUUAGGUGAGUCAGAGGAGGAGCUAUGGAGACAGGUUCUAGUCCUCUCGAAGAACAGAAAGGCAGUGAAUUAGAAGGAAAGGGGAAACAGAGUAUGAAGAAAAGUGAGUUUAUCAGAGCAGAUCAGAUUAAUCUUAAGGAUUUAGACAAGCAUCUGAGCAGGGUAUUUACCAGGGAUUCAGGAUUGAACAGAAAAAAGGAAGAGUGGGAAAUUAAUCCCUCUAAAUUAGAGAUAAAGGACCAAAUAGCCCGUGGUACUUUUGGUACCGUUUACAGAGGAGUUUACGGUGGCCAAGAUGUUGCGGUGAAGCUGCUUGACUGGGGAGAAGAGGGCACAAAAACAGAAGCUGAACUUGCAGCAGUGAGGGCCGCAUUUAGACAGGAAGUGGCAGUCUGGCAUAAACUUGACCAUCCAAAUGUUACAAAGUUCAUCGGAGCUUCCAUGGGAACUUCAGAACUUAAAAUACCUUCACAAGAGGUUUCAUCGAGAGCAUGUUGUGUUGUGGUAGAAUAUCUUGCUGGGGGAACACUUAAGGGGUAUCUUUACAAGAAUCGACGAAAAAAAUUGCCUUUUAAAGUUGUCAUCCAGCUAGCAUUGGACCUUUCAAGAGGAUUGAGCUAUCUUCAUUCACAAAAAAUAGUUCACAGAGAUGUAAAAUCAGAAAAUAUGUUGUUAGACAGAUCAAGAACUCUUAAAAUAGCUGACUUUGGUGUGGCUCGGGUGGAGGCCCAGAAUCCAAAGGAUAUGACUGGUGAAACAGGCACACUUGGAUAUAUGGCACCGGAGGUACUUGAUGGAAAGCCAUAUAACAGAAAGUGUGAUGUAUACAGUUUUGGUAUCUGCUUAUGGGAGAUAUACUGCUGUGAAAUACCAUAUCUUGAUCUCAGUUUUGCAGAAAUGACUUCAAAAGUUGUCAGACAGAACCUUCGACCUGAGAUCCCCAGGUGUUGCCCCAGUUCUCUGGCAAGUGUGAUGAAAAAGUGCUGGGAUGCAAAUUCUGACAAGAGACCUGAAAUGGAUGAAGUCGUAAGGCUGUUAGAAGCAAUUGAUACAAGUAAAGGAGGAGGAAUGAUUCCUGUUGAUCAAUCCCCUGGUUGUUUCUGUUUUGGAAAGGUUCAAGGUCCUUGAUUGGUGCAUCAGCAGUUAUACAGUUAGCUUUAUCUCAGAUAUGCAAUUCACUAGGAUCCAUUUUUGAAAUGCUAUAGUGUUGUUUUGCAUGUCUAUUGUUGAGGUAAGGGAAGGACAAGAUCUAUUGUAAAUGUGUUUUACCAUAGCACUUAGCAGAUAUUCUUAAGAGGCACACAAGGUUCAAUCUUUGAGAUUUACCCUAAACAUUUUCUCGAUAAUUUAUCUGGAACCAACCUUGUUUUAUCUCCUUGAUUCUUUAUUCAUGGCAUGGAUAGAUUCUUCUAAAGCUGCAUUGAUGUGCUCAAAACAUCCUGUUAUGGUCGUGUUUGUAAGUGAAACUGAGGCCAUGCACCAUAUGGUCUAUGUAAUAAUUACCAAUUCCGACUAUUACACAUUUUGACGUUUUAA